AUGGCUGAUCAUGUUGAUAACAAUAAAAAACCUCCACUGCCAUUUAAAACACCAAUGCAACAUCAAAUGGGACGCAUUUACGCUCGAGAAAUUCUGGAAAUGUUUGAAAGGGAAGACUUCAGAAGUCUUUUAUGCUUGUUCGAACUUGUAGAGCAAGAUGAGACUCAGUGCAGAUACAAAGUAAGUGAGCGGGUAAAUCCGGGAGUGACACGGAUGAAGGAGCUUGUGCAUGAUAAAGAUGCCGAUAAAGCUUAUUGUAGCUGCAAAGGAUUUGAAUUUGGGAGAUCGAAAGUUUGCAAAGUUGCAAGUGAUUUGAUUGAUUUGGCUUUGUUGUGGGAUGAAGGUUUUGAGUUGCUGGAAAAAUCUUUUGAGGACAUUCGUGGGAAGCUUACAAGCUCUUCAUCUUCCGACACAAAACUUGGUGGUCUAGUUGGUGAGAAUUUGCAGCCCACUCAGAGCACGCAGGACAGUGAACCUACUAUGACAGAGUCAUUUAUGCAAGAGUUUGAUUUCAUCACCACGCUUUCAAUGCGUAACCUUGAGUUGCUGGAAAAAUCUUUUGUUGAAUGUGGAUGUCCCGGAUGUCCUCUGGGGCUUUGGGAUUUUCAGAACCUGAAGCCCUUGUUUGAAGGAGAAUGA